AUGGGGGAUUUCUUGGUUAAUCCAGCAUCUAGAUAUGGGAGCAAUGAUGGAAAUGCAGACAUUGAAGAUGACCACCCCCCUACCAAGCCCCGUGGAUGGUUGAAUUGGCUAUCAUAUGGCAUGCUUGGCGCUGGGGGGACAAAUGAUUCUAAUCAAUUUUCUGGUGUGAUUUCAGAUGAUGUGAUCAAGGACAUAUACGAGGCAACAAAGUUCCAUCCUGCUCCUGCGUUAAUUGGGGAUUCUGCUAUGGUGGAUGAAGUUUAUUUUUCUUCAGUGAAAAUCAACAUUUCUGAAAUUCAUACUAGGCUUCUGAGCAUGGAGCUGGGAGGGGCUAUAGCUGAUUUGACGCUCCAUGGAAUUUAUGUUGAAGGAAAGGUCUGGGAGAAAUCGGCAACUAUUACCACCUUUGUGAACUCUGCUCAGUUGCUUAAUCCAUGUAAUAAUCUAGUUGCUUUGUCCACAGAAAAGGUCAAUUCCGAGGAUAUUGUUCUUGAAAAGCAGCAGCCUUUUUUAAAUGUCAAAUUCGAUCUUUCACCUCCAAGUGCUGAUGUUACUUCGUCUGUGAAGGUGAUCGUUAGUCCAAUUGAAAUGUUCUGUGACUCAGAAUUUGUGAAGAAUAUUCUGGAUUUCUUACAUAUUCUGCAGAACUUCAGCUUUCACCAGCAAAGGAUUUUGCUGUCGCUGAAUGACAUUGACAACACCGACUCUCGAUUUCAAUCAAAAAUUGAGUAUGUUUCAUCUCUCAAGGGCAUUUAAUUUUUCUA